GCACCCACUGUUUACUUCUUCCGCUCUGUGAGCCUGUCACAGGAGCCUGACUCCAACUCCAAUUUUUUGUUCAUGUUAACCUAUGCAAACACAGAUGCCAGCCAUGAGCGCCUCUUCUGCUCUCAACCUCCUGCCUCUCCUCCUCCUGCUCCUCGCUGCCACCAGCUGUGAGGCCACCACGAUAAACAUCACCAACCGAUGCUCCUACACCGUGUGGCCAGCCACCGUGCAAGUGGGCACUGGUGAAAGGCUCAAGUCAGGGCAGGUGUGGACACUGGAUGUGCCCGCCAACGCUUCCAGCUGGCGCAUCUGGGCGCGCACGGGCUGUUCUUUUAGCGGCAAUGGCAUAGGGUCGUGCCAAACAGGUGACUGCGGCGGUGCGCUCGCCUGCAAAAUCUUAGGUAAGCCGCCAACCACGUUCGCCGAGUUCAUGACUGGCAGCACACAAGAUUCCUUCGAGAUCUCACUUCUCGAUGGCUUCAAUGUGCCCAUGGAUUUCCUGCCAGUGCCGGUAAAGGGAGAGAACGAGUGCAGCAAGGGGCCACGGUGCGCGGCCGACAUCACGUCACAGUGCCCAGAGGAGAUAAAGGUGCCUGGGGGUUGCAACAACACAUGCACCGGAACUGGGUCCAGCAAUUGCACCUACUCGGGCUUUUUUAAGCGGAUGUGCCCAGACGCACACACUCUCCCGGAAGAUUCUGCUAAGUACGCUUGCCCAGCGGGCAUGAACUACCAGGUCACCUUCUGUCCCCCAAUCAAUCUAGCAAUUUCUCCUGCAGCUAUGAGUCCUCCACCUACACCCACGCUCGAGACAACGCCUUCACUAUCAAGUCCUCCGCUUGCUCCUAUUGGGUCAAGAAGGACAAAGCGCAGAGUCACAAGCAGAGUUAUCGCCAUUCUAGCUAGUGUAUGCAGCUUUAUAUUGGUCAGCAUGUUGUUCACAAUCACUUUCUAUAUAUGUACACGAAGAGCACAAUGGAAACAUCGGGAGAUGGAGGAAGAGGAAGAGUUUAGGGAGCUACAAGGAACACCAAUGAGGUUUACAUUUCAACAACUAAAGUUAGCAACUGAGCAAUUCGCUGACAAGCUUGGGGAAGGAGGAUUUGGGUCUGUUUUCAAGGGACAAUUUGGGGAGGAAAGUAUUGCAGUAAAACGUCUGGAUCGAGCUGGCCAAGGAAAACGAGAAUUUUCAGCAGAGGUUCAUACAAUCGGCAGCAUCCAUCACAUCAAUCUGGUGAGAUUGAUUGGUUUUUGUGCAGAAAAAUCUCAUAGGCUCUUGGUAUAUGAGUAUAUGCCAAAAGGAUCAUUGGACAGAUGGAUCUACCGCCGACAUGACAAUAAUGCUCCUUCUCUGGAUUGGAGCACACGAUGCAAGAUCAUUACUCACAUAGCUAAGGGCCUCUCUUAUCUUCACGAGGAUUGCACAAAAAGAAUUGCUCAUUUGGAUGUUAAACCACAAAAUAUCCUCUUAGAUGACAACUUCAAUGCAAAACUUUCUGAUUUUGGACUGUGCAAGCUCAUUGAUAGGGAUAUAAGCCAAGUGGUUACUAGAAUGAGAGGCACACCUGGAUAUUUAGCACCUGAAUGGUUGACAUCACAAAUAACAGAGAAGGCCGAUAUCUACAGCUUUGGUGUAGUGGUCAUGGAAGUCAUCAGCGGAAGAAAGAACAUCGACACCUCCCGAUCAGAAGAGAGCAUCCAUCUCAUUACCCUAUUGGAAGAAAAGGUGAAGUAUGGUAACUUGGUAGAUUUGAUCGACAAGAACAGUAACGACAUGCACACACACGAGCAGGAUGUAAUUCAGAUGAUGAAGCUCGCGAUGUGGUGUUUGCAGAUUGAUUGCAAAAGAAGACCUAGGAUGUCCGAGGUAGUCAAGGUCUUGGAAGGUAACAUGAAUACGGAGAGCAAUAUUGACCAUAACUUUGUUGCAACAAAUCAAGCUACUUUCGACACUGCCGGAAAUGUGUCAUCCUCAGUUCCACCUAUAGCCUCACAUGUAUCAGGGCCCAGGUGAAACGAGACAAUCCUCACAAGAUAGAUAAUUAGAUUAUGAGCAGGCAAUGUUCCAAUGUAAAGAAAGAACGAUAAUUUGCCUGUUUUGUCAAUAUUUUGUCAAAUUACUAUAAUCGAAAACCCUUUAUCUUCA